ACUAAAGGAAUUGCGAUCCUACUUAAUGACAGUAGGACCAUAGUUUCUGUUUCUAAAGUUCUGGACGAACGUUCCGGAAGUAAUUUAGUUACGGGUGGUUUUAUUUUGUAAGCGUGGAGCGGAAGUGUGUGAUGAGCGCUGCGUGCGGCGGAACCUGAGCCAGGCUGAGCCACUGAGCUAAGGCACAGGCUCAGUGAGAGCCAGCACCGCUGGGUUAUACCAUACAAGACGACAGAACCAGCCUCAUGCUGUGCCCUGGGCACAUCUCCUGCCCUCCGGUGCUGUCGACAGCAUUGUGACAUAUUUAUUUUUGUAUUAUUAUUUGGGCUUUAUCCUAAAGGGGAAGAGCAGCGGUGUCAUGGAGUUGUACUGCCUCGAGUCGGAGACACUCUUGAAAGCACAGCCUGACCCAAACAUCCUCAGUGAUGACAGAGUGUUUCAAAGUUUAUUAACUAUCGAGGAAGGGUUUUUACACCAAAGUUCAUAUUUCCAGCGAGUCCAGACGGAUAUCAAGCCUUUUAUGAGACGAACGGUUGCGGGCUGGAUGCACGAGGUAUGUGAAGAGGAGAAGAGCAAUGAAGAUGUAUUUCCCUUAGCUAUUAAUUAUUUGGAUAGAUUUUUAGCUGUUAUGCCAACCAGGAAAAGCUAUUUGCAGCUUUUAGGGGCCGUCUGCAUGUUUCUGGCCUCCAAGAUAAAGGACACCAGGCCUCUCUCUGCAGAAAAGCUAUGCAUGUACACAGACAACUCCAUCACACCACAGGAGUUGUUGGACUGGGAGCUGGUGGUGUUGGGAAAGUUGAAGUGGAACAUGGCCUCAGUCAUUCCAAAUGAUUUCAUAGAGCACCUCUUACACAGACUGACCCUCCCCAAAGACAAGGUGGCUCUGGUCCGCAAACACACGCUCACGUUCAUCGCCCUCUGUGCCACAGAUGACUGCCUUGCAAUGAACCCUCCUUCGAUGAUUGCCACCGGCAGCAUGGGGGCGGCAGUCUGUGGCCUGCAGCUGGACUACAAUGACUCCAGGCUGAGUCGAGACAACCUGACCAACCUGUUAGCCAAGAUCACCAACACUGAGGUGGACUGUUUGAGAGCGUGCCAAGAGCAGAUAGAGCGUGUUCUGGCCAGCAGCCUGCAGCAGGAGCAGCACCAGCGCCAGGACUCUGGGGUCAGGGCAGGAAACAAGGCGAGAGAACAGCAAGACCAGGCCAGCACCCCAACAGACGUACGAGAUGUCAAUUUAUGAACUCAUCGGCACCAGGGCAGUUUCGUCAUCCAAAAGGCAUGUCCAGGAGCAUCUUUGUUGCUUUAUAAACAGUGGUGUGACAAUCUAUGAACUCUUAGAAUUUAUGUAUUCCUAGAUUUCUCAUUUUACCCCUUUCACAAGCAGAUGGUUUUAUUUUGACCUAUUGUAUGGGGCAUACUGUAUGUAUUCCAUCAAGCUAUUUAAAUGAUAAUUUCUUGAAAACUUGAUAGUCCUUUAGGUUAGAGUGGUAACCUAAACAUAUUUUCAUACUUGAAUAGAUGCCAUAGUAGUGAUAUGAAACAUAAUCAUAAAUAUACAUAUAUGAUGUAUAUGAUAUAUAUCUAGGCUUAUAUAUAAAUACAAAUCUGAUUAAAGAUAUAGGUAUUUAGGUAGGUGUUUAGUUUUCUUCCAAGUAUCAAUUUACUGUCUUCCUCUACGAUUCAUAUACGAGUAUAGUAUAGAAAAGUACAUGAAUGAUAAUGCUGAAAAGUAGAGCUGAUGGCAUUUAUAGCAAGCUGAUUAGCCACCAGGGGGCACUGCUGUUGCUGACUCAAGGAGCGCAUGCACCUCUAUCACAGCUAAUGUAUGCUUGUGUGCUGGCAGAGUGGGCUGGGCCUGCUCAAAGAAGGCACCACAAUAGGAUUGAGAGUUUUUUAAUUGGGGAUUUCCCCCUAAAUAUCUGAGAAAAGGUCAGUUGUUUAAGCAGUUGGAUUUGCUCAGAUAAAAUGCAUUUGCACCAAUAAGGUGACUGCUCAUACGGUCAAUGUAUUAUUUCUUUCUGUGUGUCAGAAAGUGACAGCAAUGGAGAUGGACAAUAGGCCUCAGAGAGUGUACGAAAAGAACAAAAGAUCCAGCAUGUUUUAUUGGGAUGCUAACAGUUUAAUGUAGGAUGUGGGACUUUAGGGUGUGUUGAAAAGGAAAGUAAGUGUAUAUCGAAAGAAAACUGGCAAUUAGAAUUGAAUAGUCGAAUGGAGGAAAAUAAACUUAAGCUAUGUUUGUGCAAAUGCCAGUUACUUGAGUAACAAACUGGAGAUGAAAAAAUCUAACAUCUAUCCAGUAGGGGGAGACUGUCAGUGCCAGGGAGCACUUGGGUAUGUGACCAUUUCUCCUGUACCGAUGAAUUGAGUUACUUGGAGUUUUGAAAUCGAGGCGCAUGGCUUGUAAUGAUGUUGAUGCACUUUGUAAACACUUUAAAUUUAACGGGAUAGUUAGUGGCAAGUUAGUGGGCUAUUGGGGCCAUUUUUCUCUUUUAAGUUAUUUGAUCUUUCUGGGCUGGAUUCCCAUGGGGUGUUUGGUAAUCUUGAGCCGCACCCCAACAGGUUGGUUAGGCAUUGGAUCUUCCAUAUUAUAGUUGUGUUAAAUGACACCAUAAUCAUUUGCAAUGCAAACUAAGGAAAGCCGAGUCACACUUGGAUUCAGUGCUUCCUGUUUAAUCUUACUUGAAUUUUAUGAAUUCAUAGCCAAACCUUCCAAUAGUUCUUCCAAAGAGUUUGUGUUGAGUUGUGUUCUUGUUAUGUUUUUUUUUUGUUUUUUGUUUUUUGUAAAAGGCUCACAAAAUGGAGCUGCCAUCAUAUAAACUCAAGAUAUGAUUAGAGGUUAUAUGAUGUGAACGUGUAAAUAACCAAUUUCCCACGAGGAAAAAUCUUAGUCAUUACAUUUUAGACAAAACAUCUAAAUAGUACUCAUGGUUAUACAUGGUUUGUUGUGUUGAGAGCCAAAAGGUUUUCAUGAAAGAACUUAAAAAUGGCAAUUGUUUAUGCUUUUAAAGCUAUUGUGUAUAAAAUCCAAAGACAGAAAAAAUAUCACUCAAAAUUUUCCUUGCUGCUAUAAAGCCUUUCUUAUCUAGUCUUACAACUAUGUCUGCAUUAUUGUGAUUUAUGUGUGUGCUGCUAUAUUAAGAAAUGUACCUUUUACCAGUCUUCUUAGCUUUUACCUAUGUAUGUGUACUGGAGGGACCACCAUGACAGCUCCGUGUGGGACUGGAAGCUCUUUGUGUAUGCCAAUCAUUUGAUUUGCAUGUUUUUGUAUCUUAUCCUUGAUACUACAUUCUUGCUGCUUUUUGUACCUAUUCUUGUGUACCUCAGGUUAAUUGGACGAAUAAAGCAAGAGCCACUCUUGCAUUACCUCAUACACACUUCAUACACAUUUGACGGGUUUUUAAAAAAUUACAGUGCCUAUAUUUAAAAUGGGUGAAUUUCAACUAUCUGGUGCUAAAUCAGAAAUGUGGAUGACAUGACAUGGCCUAUUAUUUCUACUUUAAGAAUUUAACAUGUAAAAUCAGUUCUGUUGUGUUGUUCUUCAAAGUAUCUUGAUCCGCUAACCUGUUCACUUUGUGGCUGCACAAUUCUGAUGUCUCCUGACACACAACAGCCAUGCAGUGUUCCUCAAUUUCUCUUCAAUAAAUUGGCUAAAACUA